AUGGAGUAUGGGAGUGGAACUCCCACGGGCACGGCCAGUGCAGUCACUGGCGCAUGGGGCCACCUGAAGGGCACGUGGACAGUGGAGAAUUCUCUCACGACCUCCGAUCGCAGGCUCAAGCAAAACAUCAAGCCGCUUUUCCGCGAACUGCAGGAGUUGCAGGGAACAAGUAGUAGAGGCGGCGUGCUGACAAGUAGAAGUAAAACGACGCAAGUACACCAACAUGCGGCAACUACAUCGGCAAAUAGCACAAAGACGAGAGACCCGGAGGAGGUACUACUUAUACAUAGAUACAACUUCUACUGCUACUUGCUGUACUAUUGUAUAGAACUCGUGGUCGAAUAUUAGAUGAGCAGAAAUCUAAAUCAUCAUCAUCAAAUAUUCUUGUGAGGACUCAUAAUGAAAAGGAACAAGCAGAAACAAAUAUCAUCAGGCCUUCUGCUGCUCUCCUAAUGAUCCCAUACUCCUCAUAGAAUCGUGACCAACACCACUUUGACCAGGUUAUUUCUUCGUCCGAUGCAGAAGAUGAGGUAGGAAUUUUGUUGAUUCGCAAGCUGAGACCUGUGAGCUUCCACUACAAAGAUGGUGUGGAGAGCAAGUUAUCGCGCUUCGGUUUCGUUGCUCAGGAGGUGGAAACGGUUCUGCCAGCACUAGUAUCGCAAGCCCCGAGUGGCUACAAGGUGCUCAACUUGAAGGACUUGAUCGCGGUUCUCACUCUGGGACUCCAAAAUCUAGAGACAAAGACUUCUUCAGUUGCAGCAGGAAGUUUGGAAGCAAAGAUUUCAAACCUUGCAACUACCGUGGAUGCAGACGACAAGAGUCUGAAGACUCGACUCGUCCGUUUACUCGAAGACGUGAAGACGGAACUAGAACACGAGGACCCUUCACGAGAAGUAGAAGACCCUGUCCAUGGAAAGAACAGUAGUCCUCGUGGAAAGAACAGUAGUCCUCGUGGAGAGAACAACUCAACUUCUUCUAGCUCUACUAUGUCCACAUCUGCGCCGUCUACAGGCUCGCUGACCACGACGUUAGACGUGGAAUCAGAGGAAGCCGCUGCUUGGAUGCCGUUAUUGGAGCGGCUGCUUCGAGAAGCUGACAUCCAGCUGGUCCAAAGAUGAUGUUGUGUUUUCUGACAAGAGGAUAGGUUGUACAACGAUCAUCAAAAUCCUGAUGAAGAAUUAUUAUAGUCUCUUGAUGAAACAAAAGUAGAAUGUGUAGAAGUUGUAUAAUGAAAAAUCACCCAGGAUAAUUCUAUUAACAACAAGAGGAGUAACUAGUACCUCCUGCUAGUCCUGCUCCUACUAGUAGAUUUGUUGAACUAGAACUAAUACAUGAAUUGCUCACUAUGAAAUAUCGUUCUUUUUAACGUUCACAACGACAGUAAAAAGUUUUCGUUAACAGUAAGAAGUUUUCGUUUUCAACAAGAGUUAAAGUUAUAGAGAUAUAGACAAUAUUAGAGAAACAAGAGCAACAGAUGAGAUGGUGAUGAAGGGUGGUUAAUAGCAUGAUGAGUAACAUCAACAUUAAACCGCCAAGGCUUGUGUCUACUUAGAUAGGGGACGAUGAAUCCCGUAGGGGACACCCAGAAAAACUACAUUAAUAAGUAGAGUUAAUAGCGAGAAAAUAAUCUUAAUCUUCGUAAAAGCUUACAGGUAUUGAAUCUUUGUCUCCAAUGAAUUAGAGCGAGACCCGAUAAUAGAAGUACAAGUCUACUCAGAAAAAGCCAGACCACAAGAACAAGUAAGUUGUUCAGUCCAACGAACUAUGAGUACAACAACUAUGAACGUCCUGAUCAACAAAGGGUUUUCUUCUUAAUGUCGUUCAUUCUGAAUUUACCGAAUUAUUUGAUUAGACCUCGUAACUCGCAGUCUUCAUCGCAUUACUACAAAUACAGCUCCGUUGGUUUACGAACACAACUCCUGUGAGAGUUGAGAGCAGCAUUCUGAGAGCAUAAUUCCAGAAAAUCAGACUUCAUAGCUACUUCUCCUUUCGAAGUCGACCUGGACCACACAUGCGCCUGUUGCACAUAGUGUACCUGUUACGCAUAGUGUCUCCUGUGGCACAUAGGUUGCACAUAGUGCAGUCCGACGUCGCUUCUCCCGGUGGGUGGCGCCAUCUGCGAGCGGCAUCGUCGUCGUGCUUAUGUUGACACCAAGAGUGAAGUGCUAUGCUAGUUGUAUGUUGUGUGACUUGAAUAUUGACCAAUCUUAUUCUAUCAGCAAAAUACCGAACACAAUCUUAAUCCUAGUAAUCGGCCUUAAUAUUAUACCGCAAGGGCAAGAUGAAAUAGAAGAUCAAGAUCAUAUCAAUGUCAAACUACUUCCAUGAUUAUUAUUGAUGUUUAUGAAUUAAUAAUUAGUAUAAGAAUAUUAUCUCAACAUGGGUUGUACCUGGACACUCCCGAUAUUAUUAUUAAAAGAAGUGUCACCAAGGGCAAGGGUCCUCUGCGUUCGCGAACUCAUUCUCCAGCGCGGUUAGACGACGAGUACUAUCGUUCUAAAUAAGAUGACAAAGGGAAUUGAAUUAUAACAGUGUCACUGCCUUGUUGAAGAGACGUCCAGUCUAACUUGAAAAAAUCUGCAAGUAGCAGGAUUUUUCGAGGAUUCAUUAUACAAGAAAAUUCUCUAGUUAGAAUCAUUAUCCAACAUUAUCCAUCAUUAUUAUCCUAAAACUAAUAUUAUUCAUCAAUCGUGAUUAAAGAUACCAACUAUGAUAUUCUACUAAAAGCGUUCGUGGUGAUAUGCAAGAAUCUUCUUCGAUAGAAAUUGCUGGAUCAUGAAGAAGAGCAGGAAGCUGGAUGCGAAAUUUUCUACAGGAGUUAUGUUGAUCGAGCAAGAGAAGCAGAACAAGUGUUAGUUUCAUCGACAAACAGUCAACAACAAUCAAUUCAUCUUGAAGCGUUCUUCAUAACUGAGUUUCAUAACUGAGUUUGUUAUCGUCCAGAUAUGUUGUUGUUGAAGGUGGAAAAGGUCGAGGUCGUGAAGAUUUUAAUUAUUUUAGAAGAUUUCGAAGAUUAAUCCUUUUGUCGUCGUGUAGUGCAAGAGAAGUGUUGUGAAU